AAAUUAUUGAGCCAACCAAAAAAUAAAUAAGUUAUAACAAAAGAGUCAUAAAUUAAUUUAUAACAAAAAUUAUGUACACACUAAUUUGCGCUGUUUAAGAUUUAGCUUUAUUUGGAAUUUUUAUUACAGGGUUGGUCUUAUUAGAAUGGCAAAUAAUUGUAUUUCCCAUUUUAAUUUACAUCCUCAUCCCAUUUUUAAACGAGUUGGUCUACAAUUGCUUUGCUAAAUUAUUAUUCACAAUAGAAAAGGAGAAGAAAAGGAUGGAGUAAAGGUAUUCUUAAUCAGAAUUAGAAAAUAAAUAUAUUGAAAAUUUACCUAUUUUAUACCAUCCCUCAUACAACAUUACAGCUUGUGGGAUUGAAAAACUUCACCCUUUUGAUUCUGUAAAGUAUGGAAGAGUUUUUAAUAUACUCAAAGAAAAAGGAUUUCUAUAAGAAUAAGGUUUCUAUAAGCCAAAAGAAAAAGUAGGAAGAGGCUUAAUGCUGCAUUUAGGAAUGUCUCCUUUGUAUUUACUUUAUCUUAAUUAUGCUGCUUAUGUAUCCAAAUGUAUAGAAAUUCCUCUAUUCUUCCUACCUGCCAGCUUCUUAAGAUGGAAAGUAUUAGAUCCUAUGAUGUUUUCUACUCAGGGUUCAAUAGAUGCCGCCGUUUUAUCUUUAAAAAGAGGCUGGUCUAUAAAUUUAAGUGGAGGCUAUCACCACGCUUGCAGGUAAUCUGGAGGCGGAUUUUGCAUAUAUCCAGACAUAUGUUUCGCUAUAGAAUAUUUAAGAAAAUGUUUUGGCAUAAAAAGAUGCAUGAUUGUAGAUUUAGAUGCUCAUCAAGGAAAUGGACAUGAAAGAGAUUUUAUAGAUGAUAAAGAAAAUACAUUUAUAUUAGAUUUUUACAAUCACAGUAUUUAUCCAGCAGAUACCUUUGCAGCCAAAGGUAUAAGUCUUUCUAAAAACGUAGAUUUUGAUACAUCUGAUUCAGAAUAUAUCUCUAUGUUGAGAAAGACACUUUAAAAAAUUCUUGAUUAAUUCAAACCUGAGUUUUUACUAUAUAAUGCAGGAACUGAUUGUCUUGAAGGUGAUCGUUUGGGUUAAAUGAAUCUCUCUCAAAAUUGCAUAAUUCAGAGAGAUUAAGUUGUAUUUGAAGAAUGCUUAAAUAGAGAUAUACCCUUAACUAUGGUGCUUUCAGGAGGGUAUUAGUAAAUAAAUGCACCUGUUAUAGCUGACUCUAUUUUAAAUCUUGAUUAAAAUUUAAAAAUAAAAAAUUACAAUAGAAAAAAAUUAUAAAACCCAUGAAAAAAAGUUAUUGAUAGAUUUAUUUUUAAAUAAAAAAAAUCAGUAGACUGAUAAAUGCUUAAUCAUCAAUCUUUCACAAAAUUUUAAAACUUUUUAAAAAAUUAUUAUAAUAAUAAUCUCAAAUUCACAAAUUGUAUAUCAAAAACAAAAAAAAAUAACAUAUUCAAAAAUGAUAUGACUUAACUUUUUAUUUUUCAAUUUAUAUAUAUAUAACCUAUUACUUUAUUAAACUAAGUAUUUACUAGCUAUUCAUUUUCUAGUCUUUUUAACAAUAACUAUUAGC